GUUCUCAUCUGGAUCCGUAGUUUGCUGCGUCUUAAAUAGCGGCGGCCGAGACACUUUCCUCCAGGACCCUCUCCUCUACCUCUGCUGGGAAACCUGCUGGAACUCAACCUCCAAAACCCCAUGAAGGACCUUGAGCGAACAUGUUCCUCUCCUCCAUUCUCAUCUGGAUCAGUAUUUUCCUCCUAAUGCUGCGUCUUAAAUGGCGGCGGCCGAGACACUUUCCUCCAGGACCCUCUCCUCUACCUCUGCUGGGAAACCUGCUGGAACUCAACCUCCAAAACCCCAUGAAGGACCUUGAGCGACUGAGAAAGCGUUACGGGAACGUCUUCAGCAUUUACCUUGGCUCACAACUUGCAGUCGUCAUCAAUGGACUUGCGGCCUCGAAGGAAGCCAUGGUGACCAAAUCCACUGAAUUUGCCGGACGACCUGCGGACAGCUUACUGACUCAUCUGGCCAAAAAUGGAGUAUUUGCAGAGGACUAUGGCCCAGUUUGGAAGAAGCGGCGUCGCUUUGCUCUGAUGUCUCUGAAGACCUUCGGCAUGGGAAAACAGUCCAUGGAGCAGAGGAUUCAUGGAGAGUUGCAGCACACCAUUGAAACACUGGAGAGCAGCAUAGGCAAGAAAGUGAGUCCCAGUCAGAUGUUCCACACCCUGGCAUUCAACACCUUGUGCCUGGUUCUCUUUGGCACUCGCUAUAAUUAUGACGAUAGCUUCAUCAGGGUGGUGACUCGCGGCUUUCAUGAAAACACCAAGAUCGCAAGCGGUGGUUGGGGCCUGCUGUAUGACUCCCUCCCAGUCAUUCGGGGGCUACCGCUGCCAUUUCGACGCGCCUUCCGCAACUCUGAGGAGCACAGGGAGCUAGUUGGUCGUAUCAUCAGUGACCAUGAAGGCACCAGAGAACCUGGACAACCACGAGACCUGGUCGACUGCUAUCUGGACGAUCUGGAGAAGAAGAAUUCACCUGAAUCCUCCAAGUCUACAACUGAAACUAUGGCCGUUCUUUUAGAUCUUCUUUUUGCUGGAAGUGACACCGUCUCUAAAACUUUCCUGACUGGCUUCCUCUACCUCAUGAAUCACCCACAUAUCCAGGAGAGAUGUCAGCGGGAAAUAGACCUGGUGCUGGAGGUGGGAUGCCACGCCAGCUAUGAAGACAGACACAGGAUGCCUUACGUCCAGGCUGUGAUCCAUGAAAUCCAAAGAGUUGCAAACAUCAUCCCCCUCAUUGUCUACCGUACUACCACCACUGACACUCAGCUGAUGGGAUACUCAGUCCCUAAGGGGACCCUGGUCAUCCAGAGCCUGGAUUCUGUACUGAAGGACGAGGGGGCGUGGAAGGUCCCACACCAGUUUGAACCAGAAAACUUUCUCAAUGACCAUGGAGAGUUUGUGAAACCCGAAGCCUUCAUGCCGUUCUCUGCAGGUGCUCGGGUUUGUCUGGGAGAAGGUCUGGCACGCCUGGAACUCUUCUUGGUCUUUGUGACGCUGCUGAGAAGGUUUAAGUUCAUCUGGCCUGAAGAAGAUGGAGCCCCAGACUACACACCUGUCUUUGGGGUAUCUACCUCACCAAAACCUUACCACAUGAAGGUUGAACUCCGAGAGUCGAAGUGA